AACAGGAGUUAUAGAGCGGAGCCGCAGAUAGGCUAAAAUCUCAGGUUAUUUAUCAGCUAGUCUGCAAAGAAGUGUCUAACGACUGGCUGUUGAGUUGUCCCAACAGACCGAUGGCUGCAGGAGGAGAAGGAGGCCGAGGCUGCAACCCCCUGGGGGCAGGGCCCUGGCUUUGCACGUCCGGUUCAAUUCCAGGGGCUUGGUGUCGCACCAGGAUCUCAUCGCGAUCCGCUGGGCCUGGUGGGGCGGGACGCUCCACCUGCGGACGGUCGCUGGCUGCUCGGCCGGCUCGGCGUCCGCAGCUGCAGCUCAGCCUGAGCGCUGCCCCCUGGCUCCCGGCUCCCUCCCGGAGACGCGCGGCCCCGAGGCACUUACGGGGCUCCGCCACCCGAGCGCUUCCCGCGGGGUCCACGGAGCUUCCGGACCUGCGAGUCCGGCCGCAGCGCCGCCCAGAAAAUGGACGCCGGCUGCUGGGCCCGAGCGCUCCGUUCCACCCCGUGCAGGCCGGAGGGCGGCUAGACCUCGAGCGGAUGCCCAGGCCUCAGGGAGGCUGCGGGUCGCGGGGCUCCAGCCCCCCGGUGCCACCGCUACAGAGUCGGCUGGGACAGGACUGCGGGGUCACAGAGCAGGCCCUGGGCACCGGGCGCAGGCCUCGGGAACCCAGGUCCUGUGCAGUUUGAGCAGCACCAAAUUCUCAGGAACAAGGUGUCACCUGUGGUUUCCCAUGACCGUCAGGGGAGGCCUAGAUUAUUCCCCAACAUGGUAUAAGAACUGUCUCACCCCAAAGAACGGACCCUCUUCCUCAAAUAAAGGCCACUGCCUG